UGCACCUCAAUGCUUGCUGAAGUGCCGAACAGAUCAGAAUGUUGGUGUUCUACAGUUCUCUGGUUUUACUGGGGACAUUGUUCACCUCAUUUAUUACAAUCGAAACAUUUACUUUCGAGCAGCAGUGCGGCAAACUGAACGAAUCGCAGGUUAGGAAUGGAGAGCGAAUCACGGAACUGGACGAACACCCUUGGAUCGCCCGGAUCGAGUUCACUGACUCCCUGGGAAACCGAGACUUUGGGUGUGUGGGUGCCCUCAUAGGUCCCCGUCAUGUCGUCACAGCUGCUCAUUGCCUGACUGGUUUCGGUAGAGAGGUCUCGGCAGUAAUCCUCGGCGACUGGGACUCCAGCAACGACAUUACCGAACGGGACUGCAAUCCCCAGGACUCGUGUGCACCGCCCCCUCAGCGCAUCGACCACAAGACACUAACUCUGCAUCCAGACUACACCACCGACAAGAUCGACAAUGACAUAGCUGUCAUCGAGUUGGCCAGGAACGUGGAAAUCUCCAACUAUGUUCAGCCCAUAUGCCUGCCCACAGCCGAAGAAGUUUCAAGUGGUACCGACGACACAACUCUCCAAGUGUCGGGCUUCUUGACACCUAAAAAACGGGCAAUACCUAAGAGAAUUAAGAUGCCGUUCCAGAAAGUCAGCACCGAAGAGUGCCGGAAAAAGGAUGGACACAAUGUAAUAGCUACUUCGAACAUUUGCGGGAUCACAGACUUUCAGCCCCUGUCAGGGGCUCCUCUCAUCGAUGCCCAUGGAGGGGAUCCACGUAGGUUCCAUCUAGUUGGCGUGGCGGCCGCGGGAUUUCCCUCUGAACCGAGUAUGCAUUUGCAUACUAACGUUCAUUUGCAUCGCGAUUGGAUUCUGCAGAACACCAAAAUCUAGCCACUGUUUAAAUAUCCCUUAUGGCGGUCUUGCUGGGUUUUUCGACAGGUUGAUUUAUGAAUAAAGCAAAAAUCGCCUGACGACUCCUGAA